AUGAGGACCUCGAGCGUCUCCUUUCAAACCCACAGAACACGAAUCUGGUUUUUGGCUUCUUCUACACUCCAGUUUCAGAAACUCAAUCCCCAUGAAAACCCACUUCAGAAUGAGCAACAGUCCAGCUAUUUCGAUGGGAAAUGGGUUUUUGACGAUUCAACACACCCUUUUUAUAAAGAAGACGAAUGUGAAUUUCUCACAGAACAGGUUACAUGUAUGAAAAAUGGGAGAAAAGAUUCUAUGCAUCAGAAGUGGAGGUGGCAGCCUAAAGACUGUAAUUUGCCAAAUUCCAGGUAUAGAGAUGAAUACAAGGGUCACAGGAGGAUAAGUCGCAACAGUAGCAGGGACAGAAGUAGGUCUCCUCCACGUAGGAGUAGGUCACCUUCUAGAAGCAGAAGCCCUGAAGGAGGAGGAAAUGAGAAAGCAUCAGCAUCAUCACCCUAUUCCCAUGGUAGAGCUGAUUCCAGAAGCCCUUUGCAGCGUUCUAAUUCCGAUGGUUUGCCUGGACCAAUGGGGUUGAUGAGUACUAGUCAUUUGGAACAAGAAGCUGCAGUGCUUGCUUUGUCAACUUUGAUGACCAUAGCUCCUGCAGAAGUUUAUGCAGAAUUUGAAAAGAGGAGGCACGUGAGGUGCAACUUAAUGAGGAAGACAACCAAUAGGGUUAAUUCUUCCAGAAUCUAACACAGCUGGAAGAAGGCCGUGGAUACUUUCAUUUCGACUUGGUUGUACAAAUAGGUUAUAUAGUUAGGUAAAACCUCUUAUUAGCAAUGUACAAUUAGAUCCCUUUAAUAUCAAUGUAUUACAAUGUAAUCUAUUUUUGUAUGACAUUAACUUUUGUG